AGAAGAAUGCACUGCCCAUGCGAUCACAGACGCCAUAGAACAUAUACAAUGUUGAGUCCUCUGACUAUCCAUAUGGGCCAUACCAAAACAUGGCGAGGAAAUAAGUUUAUGCACUAUAUUUGUCGGAAAAUGAAUUGCCUAAUCAUUGGUACCAACUAUUCUAGCUAAAGUAUCUAUUGUAGAAGUACGAAUCAGCUCCAUGACGCUUAUCGAUUGAGGGUCAAUUGGAACUGCACAGAAACGGUUUGUUUUUUCACGGUCGGUACAGGCAGUGCAAGGCGUGAUCACUGUCAACGCGAAAGGAAUGAAAGUUUGUGUACGGAUAUCGAUCAUUUGACGUGGCUAGCCGUACAUUCCACAUUGGUCGUGCGGCUCGCCAUUUGCUACUUCAUUUGUGGAACAUUUUAAGUAUUUGUAGUAUGGGAAUUGCGAGUAGUUAAAAAUCCAUGUUUAAGUACAAUAAAUCUUAUUUUUGAUUUGUGCGUGGGUAGCUAACUAGCUAGCGAAUAGCGUUCAUGUUUGUGGCAGACUGAAAAGUGACAGCUCUGCUGCGGACCACCUUUGUAUUACGCUGUUAUUAUCUAGCCUGCUAACUUGGCAAGCUAGCUAUCUACUUGUUUAAUCUCACAAACAUUGACAUUACAAUUACAUUGUAUUAGUUAGAAGCAUUCAAAUGAUCUGUCGACGACCUUCAAACAGCAUAUACGCAGUGACGUUAUUGCCAGAAUGAACGCAGUAAGAGAGUGCCGCACACGAUUGGGUCUCUGUAACGCAAUUGAACUUAGUAUACUAGCUAGAUAACUGCGUUUUACCUUGCCAUUUUUGCAACCAUUUGUUUAUGUUAGCUAGUUAAGCUAGCAAGUCGAGUCUCAUCAGGGAUUGAUCUGAGCGGGACUUGACAGCUCAGGACACAGUUAAGUUAAACAUUGGGCCACCUGGAUUUUCUACUGGCUGCUGCUUUUAUUUUGUAGCUAAAUUAUUAGCUAACUAACGUUAGCUACGACUUUUGCCAGCAUGUCUGAAAACGCCACCACACGAAGCUUGGAUGACAUAGACCUCGCAGCUUUGAGGGACCCAGCAGGGAUCUUUGAGCUGGUGGAGGUGGUGGGAAAUGGGACCUAUGGACAGGUGUACAAGGGGCGUCACGUGAAGACAGGCCAGUUGGCUGCAAUCAAGGUGAUGGACGUGACUGAGGAGGAAGAGGAAGAGAUCAAGGCUGAGAUCAACAUGCUGAAGAAGUACAGCCAUCACCGCAAUAUUGCCACCUACUAUGGAGCCUUUGUCAAGAAGAGCCCACCUGGACAUGAUGACCAGCUCUGGCUGGUGAUGGAGUUCUGUGGGGCAGGCUCAGUGACAGACCUGGUAAAGAACACCAAGGGCAACUCUCUGAAGGAGGACUGGAUCGCUUACAUCUGCAGAGAGAUCCUCAGGGGCCUCUCGCACCUCCACCAACACAAGGUCAUCCACAGAGACAUCAAGGGCCAGAACGUGCUGUUGACAGAGAACGCAGAGGUCAAACUCGUGGACUUUGGGGUGAGUGCUCAACUGGACAGGACCGUGGGGCGCAGGAACACCUUCAUUGGCACACCUUAUUGGAUGGCCCCUGAGGUCAUCGCCUGUGACGAGAACCCUGACUCUACCUAUGACUACAGGAGCGAUAUCUGGUCCCUGGGGAUCACAGCCAUAGAGACAGCAGAGGGAGCUCCUCCUCUGUGUGACAUGCACCCUAUGAGAGCUCUAUUCCUCAUCCCGAGGAACCCCCCUCCCAAACUUAAGUCCAAGAAGUGGUCUAAGAAGUUUAUAGACUUUAUAGAGGGCUGCCUGGUGAAGACGUACACCAGCCGGCCAACCACAGAGCAGCUCCUGAAGCACUCGUUCAUCCGGGACCAGCCCACGGAGCGCCAGGUCCGCAUCCAGCUCAAAGAUCACAUCGACCGCACACGCAAGAAGAGGGGCGAGAAGGAGGAGACAGAGUAUGAAUACAGUGGCAGUGAUGAGGAGGAUGAGAACCGUGGGGAAGACAGGGAGUCCAGUACCUCCAUCCUGAAUGUGCCGGGUGAGUCGACGUUGAGGCGGGACUUCUUGCGUCUUCAGCAAGAGAACAAGGAGCGCUCGGAGGCUCUGAAGAGACAGCAGGCCCAGCUGGCUGCCCAGCGUAGAGACCCAGAGGAACACAAGAGACAGCUGCUGCACGACCGACAGAAACGCAUCGAAGAGCAGAAAGAACAGCGCCGCCGCCUGGAAGAGCAACAGAGAAAAGAGCGAGAGAUGGUGAGACAGCAAGAAAAGGGCCCCCAUCGGAGACUUGACGAUAUACGGAGGGAGGAGGAUAGGAGGCUGGCUGAGAGGGAGCAGGAGUUCAUAAGACAUAAGUUAGAGGAGGAACAGCGGCAGUUAGAAAUCCUUCAGCAGCAGCUGCUUCAGGAGCAGGCACUGCUCAUGGAGUACAAACGUAAGCAGCUGGAGGAGCAGAGGCAGUCUGAGCGUCUGCAGAGGCAGCUGCAGCAGGAGCAUGCCUACCUGGUGUCUCUGCAGCAGCAGCAACAGGACAAGAAGCCCCAGCCCCUAUACCACUACAGCAAGAACCUGGAGCCCAACAACAAGCCCGCCUGGGCCCGAGAGGUGGAGGAGCGCAGUAAGCUCAACAGGCAGGGCUCACCCAAAAUCUGCACCACUGUCUCUGACACUGCCAUCCAAUCACGCUCCGACUCCAUCAGCCAAUCCGGAGGGGGCCAGGCUACUCAGACCCCGCCUAUGCAGCGGCCUGUUGAACCUCAGGGGGGACAGGGCAAGUUCCAGAUGGCCCACUUGGUUCCGCUGAAGCCCUACGCUGCCCCUGUCCCCCGCUCCCAGUCCCUGUGUGACCAGCCCACUAAGACCAUGUCCGCCUUCCCCACCCAGGACCCAUCCCCUACCCCCACCCCCCGCCCUGUCCACUCCAGGGAGCUGGUCCGACAGAACUCCGACCCCACCUCCGAGAGCCCUGCCCCACAGCCUCGCACAAGGGAGGACCGCGGCCCCUGGAUCCGCCUGCCAGAGAUGGAGCAGCCGCCCAAGAUUCCCCAGAGGACAGCCUCCAUUGCCACAGCUCUCAACACCAACCUUUCGUCUGGCAUCAGGCAUCCAGUCAGAGCCAGCAACCCAGACCUCAGCCGCAACGACCGCUGGGAGAGAGGAGAUAGCAUGCACCUUGUAUCCAAUCUGCCCCAGACUGGCUCUCUGGAGAGGCACCGCAUACUCAGCUCCUCCAAAAUGGACUCCCCCAUACUAGGCCAUGACGGGCGCAUGAAGGGGCACAAGCCAGGGGAGUCUCGCACCUCGUCCCGCCCCAGUCGCCCUGCUAGUUACAAGAGAGCAAUAGGAGAGGACCAUGGGCUGUAUGCUAAGGAGCGCCCUGAGGAGCAGCCCAGACCUCCGGUGAAGGCCAACGACUACUCUUCAUCCUCCGAAGGCAGUGAGAGCAGUGAGGAGAGUGAGAGUGGAGAGGGGAAUGAGGAGGAGGACAGCCCCACAGACCGUCCCCGGGAUGCAGACUCUGACUCAGUCAACACCAUGGUGGUUCAUGAGGAGGAGGAGGGUGAGGGAGGGGAGGAGGGGCAGGCUGGAGGCUACGGGGACCAGACCAUGCUGGUGCAGAGGACACCAGAGAAGCGGAGCCACAAUGGAUACACCAACCUGCCUGACGUGGUGCAGCCCUCCCACUCCCCCACUGACUCCGCCUCCCACUCCUCCCCUGGGAAAGACUCUGUCUAUGAUUAUCAGUCCAGGGGUCUAGUCAAGGCGUCAAGUGGCAAGUCCUCCUUCACCACCUUUGUCGACCUGGGCAUGUACCAACCACCAGGCCCUGUGGAUGCCAUCUCUGUGAGCAGCCUGGGCUCCAGGUUUGAGCAGCUGAAAAUGGAGGUGAGGAAAGGCUCCAUGGUGAAUGUGAACCCCACCAACACACGCCCCCACAGCGACACCCCCGAGAUCCGCAAGUACAAGAAGAGGUUCAACUCUGAGAUCCUCUGUGCUGCUCUCUGGGGUGUGAACCUGCUGGUGGGGACGGAGAACGGUCUGAAGCUGCUGGACCGUAGUGGUCAGGGGAAGGUCUACUCCCUCAUCAACUCCCGCAGGUUUCAACAGAUGGACGUCCUGGAGGGACUCAACCUGCUCAUCACCAUAUCAGGUAAGAAGAACAAGGUGCGUGUGUACUACCUGGCCUGGCUGAGGAACAAGAUCCUUCACAAUGACCCGGAGGUGGAGAAGAAGCAGGGCUGGACCACUGUAGGGGAGAUGGAGGGAUGUGUCCACUACAAAGUGGUGAAAUAUGAGAGGAUCAAGUUCCUGGUGAUAGCUAUGAAGAACGCGGUGGAGGUAUACGCCUGGGCUCCCAAGCCUUAUCACAAAUUCAUGGCCUUCAAGUCCUUUGGUGACCUGCCCCACAGGCCCCAGUUGGUUGACCUCACAGUGGAAGAAGGACAGAGGUUGAAGGUCAUCUACGGCUCCAGUGCUGGCUUCCACGCUAUCGAUGUCGACUCUGGGAACAACUAUGACAUCUACAUCCCAGUGCAUAUCCAGAUCCAGAUAAUGCCACAUGCCAUCGUGUUCCUGCCCAGCUCAGACGGCAUGGAGAUGCUGCUGUGCUACGAGGACGAGGGAGUCUACGUCAACACCUACGGACGCAUCAUCAAAGAUGUGGUGCUGCAGUGGGGCGAGAUGCCCACCUCCGUUGCACAUAUCUGCUCUAACCAGAUCAUGGGCUGGGGAGAAAAGGCCAUAGAGAUCCGUGCUGUAGAGACAGGCCACUUGGACGGAGUCUUCAUGCACAAGAGAGCCCAGAGGCUCAAGUUCCUCUGUGAGAGGAAUGACAAGGUGUUCUUUGCCUCUGUGCGCUCCGGAGGCAGCAGCCAGGUCUACUUCAUGACCCUGAACAGGAACUGCAUCAUGAACUGGUGAAGCAACAUAGUCCCAUACACAAAACACUCAUACACACAUAUAUAUAUAUAUACACACACACACACGCACGUGCGCUCGCCAACACACAAGCAUACUGUAAAUCCAUUCCAGCCUAAAGCUUCACGACAAUGAGUCCAUCUCACCUGCCAUCUUCUGACUCCCCUGGUCUGAUUGAUCUCCCUCUGGAAUGGUAGCUACCUAUGAGACAUCACUACAGGCUUCUAAUGUGUAGUAUCUCUACUUUGUACUGUAUAUACUUGUCCUGUAUUGUUGUACCUCAGUCAGUUGGUGCGCCUGUGUUUUAGUUGUAAACUACCAUAGUUAGUUCCUUCUUAUUAGGGGUAUGUUAAAAACAUUCCUUCCUGGUGAAAUACAUUUUAAAGAAAGCAAGAUUCAACCAAUAUAAGUCCAGAUUGAAUUGUAAAUAGACGGUAUCUAACAUGUUUAAAUGGAAGAGAACAUGGGUAGAUUGAAGUCACCGGCAGACGUGUGUGUAUAUAACGCCUCCAUUCAGGGUGUGGCCACUGACCUGAUAUAUAUACUGCACUGGCACACCCUAAGUUAUUGUUGCAACACUCAACAUGCUUCAGAUUCCUUAUGGUUUAAUUAUUCAACUCAUCAUUCAAAAAGAAAAAUAGGUAUUUGAUUAAAACUUGAUUUCAUGUUUUUAUUUUGAUGGGGGUUUUUUGGAAGGAGUUAUUUAUUUAUUUUACUCCUCGGAAGACAGACUAUCCAUUAUGUGAACAUAGUAACAUUCUAGUCCCUGGUAAAAUGGAACAUAUUGCUUUGUUAUAGCGUCAUUCUUUCAUAUGUCUUUAUUCUCCCCGUGUUUCAUAUCGGGGAUGGAGCUAUUUACCAUUUUAGGAGCCUAUCGAACAGACUUAUGAUAUUAAACUUUUCUCUUGUUAAGAAUUUAAACAAUAUCACUGCAAACAAUGGAUAUUAUCUGUACUGUUUCUGUAUUUGGUAUUAGCCUAACUGGCAUUCUUACUUUUACUCUCUACUGUUAUAUUGCCGUUAUAUUGCAAUAUAUAUGCUGUUCUAGUGCAGUUCUUGUUCCGAGAGGGGAGUUUAGGUUGAAUUAAUUUGUUGUGUGUAAAAUGUACCAGAGGUAGGCAGUGAGGUGACUUAAGAUGUGGGGGUCGAGGGGUGAUGAAGUAUCAAGGUUUUGAUGUGACCGUAAUAUAGAGGACAUAGGAAUUGGGUGAGCGAGUGAUGUGCUUGUUAGAAUAUUAUAAUGGCAGCAGGUGUCCAUGAUCCUUACCUGGGGGAUAGUGCUGGGGUUCAGGCUCUAAUCUGGUGGCUGUAAUCCAGUGAAAAAGAUUUCCCUCUUGCUAGAUCUACUCUGUCUGUAACCUCUGUUAUUGAUGUAUUUUAUGUUCAUUGGUAUGGAUCUUGUUACGUUUGUACUCAGAUGUUGGUUUGUAGGGAUAGGGCUGCAGUGGAUAAUACUGAGCUAUCAGUGUGGUUCCAAGCAAUAGCUGUGUGAUUCUUGAGCCAGUGUUGAAAUCCACUCACUGAUGCUUUAGCAGGCCCAGUUUUGUGUCAUAUUUGUCUCUGCAAUACUGAACCAGAGGACUCAAACUCAUUGGGCACUUUCAUGUAUCAUCUUACUAAACUAGUUGUAAGGCAACAAGUUGUUGAAUAUAGUGUAAUUGCUAUGGUUUUCCCUACCAAAGUUCCCAAUUGUCCUCUGGACAUACAUGAAUCUGCUUUGAUUCUUUUAGAGAUCAGGGGAAAUGCUUAAGCUGUGGGUAUGUUAUGUAGUUUAUGCUAAAUGAAUGUUAUAUAUAUUAUAACAUUAAAUAUAAAAAUAUAUAAGGGAGUAAAGAACAGAAUCGAUUGACACACUUUUUAGUUCCGUUACAAUUAGUCUAUUUUACUCUUAUGUGAGCAUGCUUGCAUGCACAUAUCUGAGCCAUUUAUCCUGUAUCACAAUUCCGUAUCAAUUCUUAGAUGAGUUUCUCACUAGCCUAGUGCAUUCAAUAUCAGCUGUGUACCAUUUGUGACUGAUAUCGCAAAUGUCACAUUUUACACACACUCAACAAGUACCUCUGGCAGCUGUGAAAAAGUCCUCAUAUCUUAGUUAGCCAAACUGCCAUGUUUACAGUUUAAGCAGUGCCUUGGAGUAGGGAAGAGACUGGGAGAUGGGUGUUGGGGGAGGGGUGAAUAUGACCCCCCCCCCCCCCUCAAACUCUGAACUUCAUGAAGAAGAGGUGUUACUGACAGACGGAACAACAUAAUAAAUAGUUGCCUCCCUCGUUAAGAAUGGUGUUCUGUGCCAAUUAAGUGCACUUAAAUAGAAACCAGAACGUCCCAAUAUAUGUUUCAACAACUUUUAAUGUUUUACAUUGUCAAUGAUUAUAUAUUUCAUUCUGUAAUAAUAACUGCAAUGUUUACCUACUGCUCUUUAAACAUUGAAUGGACUCACCAGUUACAGGGAUUGUAUCUGUUGCCACCAUGUGGAAGAGGAAACACUCUCUAGGGAAUUUCAACCAUCGUUAAUUUCAUGCAAUUUAAUUCAAUGCAUACAAUCUGCUUGUAUGACACAUUCAUGUGACUAGAAUAUAGGCACAGGGAGAAUGUGCAGUUGAUGGCAGCAAACCAAUUUGGAAUGUAGAAAAUGAUAUGCCUAUAAAAAUGCAUCUCUUGAUUUGAUGGUUCUCUAGACGGUGGGAGGGGGGCCAAAAUACCAUAAAGCCAUAUGCUACUUCACAUUUGUUGCGAAUAGUUGAAUAGUAUUUCAUAUGUUGAAAUGGAACUGAAGCCAGUGACCUGGGUUUUGUUGUGUGGUGUUAGAGGGGCUAGAAACAUGGCGGUAAAGAAGCAGGUUUUUGCUGGUGGUCAAGUUUGUGGACUGGCUGAGAUGGAAAGUAACCAACUUUAAUAUAUUCUGAAAGGACUAUUUUAUUAAAGGAUAUGUAAAUUAUAUUGAGAGAUUUAAAUAAAUGAAUGUAUAUCUAUAAAACAGAUUUCUAUAACAUACUUUACUGUCUGGUAUAUUAAUUAACCUAAGCACAAUGUAUUCUAAUCUACAGUAGUGAGGGGAAAGCUAUGAAUGUGGGUGUACGUUAAAGACUGAAUGUUUGGACUGUUUUGGGGGGUGUGACAGAUGCAUGAGAGUGAUGGCUGAGCUGCGUGUCUUUCCAGGUGAAGUACAGAUUCCUCUUGAUACAGCCUAACUAGUAGUCAUGCUAUUGGUUGAGAGGGAGUGACCAGUCUAUUGAAGACAUGUACUGUUCGAUGCAGGAGUAGCCAGCUGAGACAGAAAGGUGGGUGGAUUGAGAGGGUCAACAAUUUGUCAUCAAGUGAGCCAUCUAAUUUUUGUAUAGCAACGUUUCUAUUGUCAAUCCUAAAUAUAAAGUAUCAGUCAAGUGUAGUGUUACGACAAAGUUGUAACAGUAAAAUGGGCUUUGUAACAUGAAUCAAAUUUUUCAGCCCCACAAAAGAGGCAUAUCACGAAUGCUGUCCUUGCCCUAUCAAAUGUUGACACUUCUCCUUCAUAAGCAAUAUGAGUGUUAAAUUGAAUUCUCUGCUGUCUCUGUCUGUGUGACUUUGGUGGGAGGGUGUUUAUCGUGGCCUUUAGCAAACUGAAUGUAAGAUGGACUGUUUGUCUGUGUCUCAUAAUUGAGAGAUACCCAUACACUGCUUAAUCUGUUUUUUUGUCUUAAUCCCAAGAAAAUCUACUUUGUAAUCCACAGUCAGCAUAAUACACAAACAUCACUAACAGUUGUGAUGCUAGUUUUGCAUUGAUGCGUUUAUCCAGUAAUUGCCUUUAUGAGGAGGAUGAAUGAUAAAUGAUAAUACAUGAUAAUCAGUUGGGUGGGUUUCCUGCUUCUGUGUAGUGUUUUAUUACCUGCCUCUUGCUAUUGAGGCAAUGACCUGCUCCACCCAAUGUAGUCACACACUAAUCAGACACUCCAUUCACAUAUAUUAUAUAGUAAUACUGUACAACAGGGCUUUUGCCCUAGUACUACACAUUUGAUUCAAAUAAUCAAAGCUUGAUGGUUUGGUUAUUUGAAUCAGCUCUGUACUGUUAGGGCAAAAACCAAAUUGUGCCCCAGGACCGAGUUUGGGAAUCGCUGCUGUACAACAUAAUCUUGGAUCUUGUAGAAUAAGAUUAAAGUAUGAAUGUAUUUGUGAUUUUUAAUAGGUGCUUGUGGGAACCAGUACAGGUGAACGUCUGAAAGCUGAAAAAGCUGAUUUCUUUGGAUGGGGCUAUAAAUCUCUUCUACUUUUUUUUUUCAAUCUCUUGUUUUUGAGAAAUGAAACGUCUUUUACCAUGUUUGUUUAGUGUUUCUGCUUUGAGGGGUUCACUUCAGAUUGUAUUAGACUGAUGAACUUUAAUAUUUUAAAAGAUUGUGUUGAAUGAACUCAUGAGUCUGUAAAAGUCUUGAUGAAGAAUUGUUUGAAAAAUAAAACUAUAUUGAUCUCAUCUUAAAUCUUC